UGAUCGGGUGUCUGGAAUUAUCGGAAUUUGCCUUUGCCUUUUCGGCAAAUUGUUACUGGAUGUGUACUGGAUAGAUAAUAAUUAAAAAUGGCAACAUUGACGAAUGCAUUGAUAGCCGGUCUUCAGAAUGCAAAACAAGGAUUCAUGCAACCCGUCACAUCUGUCGUUGUAUGUACAAGAAAUGCCUCGAAGAAGAGUGGAGGAUCUACUAGGAAUCCACCACGUCAUACUAGGCCGAAACACAGAGGAUGGCGCGUCCAAGACGGAACAUUUGUUCAAGCUGGUACAAUGUUAGCGACGCAGUUGCGUACGCGGUUUCAUCCUGGUUUACAUGUCGGAUUUGGACGAGAUGGUACUUUGUUUGCUUUGGAAGCUGGCAGGGUGAUGGUCACAUGUGAGAAAAUUGAUCCAAACUGGGAUCAUACGUGGAUUAUUGGAAACUAUGAGGGUCGUCAGGGUCAAGUCAUUUACAAAAAACACUUUAACGUCAUCCCUGAACCUCAGCACAAUGUAUUCAAACUUGUUGACACAAUUUAAUGUAUGGCUGUAAAAUAUUAGUUGGAUACUACUGUAUUCGUCUACUGUGCUAAUUGUAAGCAUAAAAUAAAUCUAGUAGUU